UCGAUCGUGCCACACGGAGAUCGCAGCAGCCCGGCGAACGCUGCAGAUCGAGCGAGCCCAGCCUCCUUUAAUUUGCUGAUCACAUUCCACACAAAAACACACCAAUCCCAUCCAUGGCGGCCGGGAGGAAGCAGCAGCUCGCGAGCAGCGCGGCGGUGGCCGUCGCGCUGGUGGCCAUGCUGGUGCUGGUGGCGGCGGCGGCCGCCCAGGACUGCGGAGUCAGCAGGGACACGAUGAACAAGUGCAUGUCCUACUGCUUCAGCGGCGGCAACGCGGACGCGUGCUGCGGCCCGCUGACGGGCGGCGCCAACCUUGACUGCCUCUGCAAAAACUACUGGGGCAAGCUCCAGGCCAGCCCCAGCCUAGCCAAGUGCGCCAACAAGAUCAAGUCCAGGUGCGGCAUCAACAGGUCGUGCUAGGGGAUGGAUGCAUCGAUCGAUCUCGGAGCCAGCAGCCACACCGGGAUCUAUACGUACACAUCCCGGACUAAAUUGUUCUUCGAUUCAUAGAUGCUGAUAUGCCAUCUUUGUUGGUGAUGAUCAUCCGACCCGUUGCUCUGCUCUCCGUUGUUUGUGUUGUGUCUGUGUGCCUGUUUGUAGUCUUGUAUCGUACGCCGGUGCUAUAGAUGCGUCAUGUUUCCUCUUUGUUUUUUUUAUGAAUUUUGAGUCGCGUGCUUAUGAUCAGUGGAACUCGUGCGAACAAUUGGCGUAGUAUGUAUCUUGCAAUUGCAGCUCCACCGAGUUGCAUUCUGUGUAAUAAUAAGCUCAUUCUUCUGUGCUUC